AUGAUACAUCAGAGGCAUUCUGUCAAUUCAUGGAUAGAUGCACCCAGAGAUGUAAAUAUUGAAAUACAUCCAAACUGGCAGGUGACGGAAGGAAAUAAAGUUAAAAUGAACUGUGUUGUGAACAGUAGCAAUCCAGAAGCUACAGUGACCUGGAUGAGAAAUAACACAAAGUAUUUGGAGACUGACAUGCUGUACUUCAGGAAUGUCACUAAAAGAGCUGCUGGAGAAUACAAGUGCGUUGCUAAAAAUUUCCAGGGACAAGCAGAAUCAGCAACUGUUAUAUUAGAUAUUUUAUCGGCUAAAGCUGUUCCAGAUGAAUCCAUCAUAACUACUAUCAGUAUUACAUCAUCAAAGCCCAUAAUACCUAUCGUUAUUGUAGUCAUGUGCAUUUUCAUGUUGCUGCUGAUUAUAACAGCUGUUAUUUGCUGGAAAUGGUGUCAGUCAAAAAAGAGAAACAAUGCCUUGGCUAAUGCUCCUAUAACAUUCAAGAAAAAGGCAAAAUUAGGAUAUUCUCCAAUAAAUUUGGAUACUUCAGGAUCCAAUUUUAAUAUUUCCCAGUAUUUGAUAACUAUUUCUUUCACAGAAUUUAUAUCCUGUGUAUAA